AUGUCAGAUUACGAAUAUGACCGCCGUCAGGAAGUAUACGAGUCUCCCGAGGAAAUCUUUAGGACGGCCGUCAUUCGGUUUGGCGAUGUGGACAUCGAAGGAGAGCUCCCCAGGCUUGCUAGCCAAUUUCGGGAAUAUUUGCCUCCCAAUAUCCCUUUGUUCUCAGAGGCUCUUCGAAUAAGUGUCACCGAACAACCGUACAAGAUUCCCCACUAUGCUGCCCUCCUCGUCUCUCUCUGUGGGUCAACACCUUCUCAGGAACAGGAUGGCGAGAACGCUUCUAUGAAUGCAGACGAGCCGUCACUUGGGAGACAGAUUCUGGAUGACUUUUGGAAAGGUUUCCAGACGUAUCUCGACAAACUUGCGUGGCGAGAGACGCGUCUCUGCGUUCACUUCUUUGCGCACCUGACCAUCGCCAAAAUUAUCUCUGCGCCUUCAAUGCUCGGUCUCCUUCAAUCUUUUACCUCUGUGCUCGACGAAUUUGGUGUCUCGCAUGGACGAGCCAAAAGAGCGGCGCUUUGUGCUGCAGAAGGUCUCAUGCGGGCUGGUCCAGAGCUCAAAAAAUACUCGGCUGCGUCGGUGAGCGAGAUGAUCAUGGGGAUUCAGACCUACAACGAAUCGGUUCAAAGCUCCAAAUGGCUUGUACAACCCAUUCUGUGCCUUCACUCUACCGAACUCACCAAGGAGCACGUUGACGAACACAUCGACUGCGCCGUCGCGGCUCUCAAAACCCUCGAAGCAUCCGACUUCGUUGACAUACCUUCCAUAUACCCACAGCCGUACCUCACUCUUCCCUCCCCCCCUAUCACGACCGCCGGCCAGUUCGACCUACCUUCGGUUCUCGUACCACCAGAGGUCAUCGAGUUAGACAAUAUGCCAACCGAUGAAGGUGAAGACGCGCUCGUGAAAAAAGAAGAGUGGCCAGACUACAUGCUUCGCUUGUUUGAGAACGAUGUCACACCAGACCUAGCAUCACCAGCAGGGUAUGCUGUGCGUGCAGACCUUCUGGAUAUCGUGGACAUCUUUGAGAUAAACAGAAAGGAAUGUGCAAGAUUGUUGAUGGAAUAUCCAAAAUGGACAGUGCAGGGGACAUUCAAGCCCAAACCUGGAACACCAGGCGAUAUUUCAGACAGGAUACCAGAACCGGAUAAGGACUGGCAGCUUGAAAGCACUAUCAUCGAGACGAUCCUCAGCAUGCAAUUCAUCCUCCCCGAGUCCCCUCACAAAACGAUAUACUAUAUCGCCCUCAUUACCGAACUAUGCAAGCUCUCUCCACAGACGGUUGGUCCUGCCGUAGGCAAGUCUAUAAGGCGGCUAUACGCGUAUCUUGCGGAGGGACUAGACGUGGAGAUCGGCAGGCGGUUUGCGGAAUGGUUCUCUGUGCAUAUGUCAAACUUCGGAUUCCAGUGGGUAUGGAAGGAGUGGAUCCCGGAUCUGGCUCUCACACCUCAACAUCCGAAACGGGUGUUCGUUCGUCGAGCACUCGAGUUCGAGAUCCGUCUGUCAUACUUCGACCGUAUCUUGAAGACCCUCCCUGAACCAUUCCAGGACCCGGAGGCCGGUGCCAUGUCUGAUCAAGGGCCAGGGCCUGAGUACGACUACGAUGAUCCCAGUGCACCACACCACGAUGCCGCUCAGAGUGUGCUGAACCAACUCCGUGGCCGCGCCAAACCUGAAGACGUCCUCUCCCUUCUUACCUCCCUCAAACACUCCAUCUCUGAAUCCGAACUCGAAAACCCCACCACCUCCGGCGGCGCCCCGCUCAACGUCGACUUUGUCGUCCGUUCCAUCGCCAUUCAAUCUCUGCUCCACAUCGGCUCACGCUCGUUCUCGCAUUUCUUGAACGCCAUAGAGCGGUACAUCACCUUAUUGCGAACAUUGACUGGCUCGACGAAUACGUCGGGGAGUGUGGGUGGAGUCAGUGGUGGUGAGUCGGAUAUGAGCCCAUCGAAAGCUGAGGAGGCGAGGAUGGACGUACUAGGGAUCGUAGCGACGUUCUGGAGGAGGAAUAGGCAGAUGGUGGGGAUCGUCUUCGAUAAACUGAUGCAGUAUCAGAUUGUCGAUCCAACGGAUAUCGUCAAGUGGGUGUUCAAGGUCCAAGGGAAUCGCUCGUCAGAUUCUUCUUCUGCGCCUGGGGCAGGUGGAGACAUUGCACGGGAAGCUGGUAUCGAUUGGGACCUUCUGAAGGCUGCUGUGGAUAAGGCGAAUGGGAGAGUGGUGGUGGCGAGGAAGAAGGUGGCGUUACUGAGAAAGGAGGAGGACGAGAAAAGGGCGAGGAAGAUGGCAGCGGAGGCCGGGAAGGGUGCCGGAGAUGGUGGACUGACUACGGACGGGAUGGCAAUGACGGGGAUGGAAAUAGAUGGGGAGGGGGAUGAGGUCAAGCCAGAAGCAGUACCAGCAGAAGACUCACCUGCACUGAUGACAGCCCUCAAAGCCUUCGGUUCAUUAACAAAGGAACAAAAAACGAUGCUUUCCAGCGUACUAGCAGGCUUUGUCGACCAGGUAUGCGCAAACUCUUCGAACCCAGACGUGGUCUCCGAGAAGGCGUGGGAGGACCGAGCUGUCUGGGGAGAUGAAGAGUGGAGGCUUUGGACGACUUGGGCGUUGUAUAAGCAUUUUUGCAGAGCUUACGCGCCAUACCUUCGGAACUACGCCACAACGCUCGGGACGGUGGCCUUUGCGAAAAUCGAUGGUGCAACCGACGAUUCUGCGUUGCUCAUGAAAAAGAUAUGGAAUGUAGCCAUUGGGCAAGAGUAA